GUGAAGUGGUGGAGAGUAAGAGAGAAAUGAAAGAGGAACCAGAAGCAGAGGCUGAGCCCACUAGACCUGGGGUGAAAGAUGGUUCGGAGGCUGCAUCUGCACAGGAGCCAGAAGAAGAGCCGCAAGAGCCUACGGAUCCGAAGCUGACAGCGCUGAAGAAAGCACAUGGUAUUUUUUAUGACACUAAGUAGCACUUCGUUCCUAUUACACCAAGUGAAGAUGAGACGCAUGGCCACGCUUCUUUCAGUGAUGGUCACGCUUAGUACAAUCUCGGCGGGGCUGUUUCGGGUGAGCUGUUCUGGCGGGACUGUUCUAGAUGAGCUUCGCGGGCGGGGUUGUUUCGGAUGAGCCACCCGGGCGGGGCUGUUUCAGAUGAGCUUUGCUGGCGGGGUUGUUUCAGAGGCCUUUUUCUGGCGGGAUUGUUUCAGAUGUGCUGCCUUGGCGGGGCUGUUUCAGCGUUCUUUUUCUGGUGGGGCGGUUUGUUUCAGAAGGCAGUCUCUGGCGGGGCUGUUUCAGAAGAGGAGCCCUGCUCUGGCGGGGUUGUUUCAGCGGUCAUUAUCUGGCGGGGCUGUUUGAGCGUUCUUGCUCUGGCGGGGCUGUUUCAGAAUUCUUUUUCUGGCGGGCUUGUUUCAGAUGCCCUGCCCUGGGCUGGCUGUUACAGAAAGCCGGCCCCGAGCACGGCGAAAAUCGCCCCUGUCCGGUUCUAUAUUAUAGCUGCGCACUAGACUAGCCUCCACAAGCUUCGCCCGACUCCAAGUUUGGCACUUCUACGCCCACGGGCUACAGCUUUCUAGAGACGGCCCGCGGGCUGGGUAGUGCCCCUCGAUGAAUUUACUAUAGCUUCCCUCUCUAUGCCAAAACCGGGAACAGCGUGCGGCAGGGCCUAAGGGAGAAGCGCCGGCCGUUUUUCGGUGUUGGUGGGUGGGUUUGGUUUGGCGUUUUGUCUGCCGUGGGUCAUUGGCUGAGCCGGCCUCCCCUCUCUAUGCCAAAAUCGGGGACAGCGUGCGGCAGGGCCUAUUUAAAAAAGAAGCGCCAGCCGCUUUUCGGUGUUGGUGGGUAGGUUGGUUUGGUUUGGCGUUUUGUCUGCCGUGGAUCAUUGGCCGAACCGGCCUCGUCUUUCUAUGCCAAAACCGGGAACAGCGUGCGGCAGGGCCCGCCUUAAAGAGAAGCGCCGGCUGUUUUUCGGUGUUGGUGGGUGGCUUCGCUUGGUUAGUUUGGCGUUUUGUCUGCCGUGGAUCAUUGGCUGAACCGCCCUCCCCUUUCUAUGCCAAAGAAAACCAGGAACAGCUUGCGGCAAAUUGAUGACGCCCUCUCUGGGUGUGUUAUUAAUUUGCCACUAUCUUUGUGAUCGGGUGUUUUUGUGGGUCGGGGCUGGUAAUGGUGGAAAAGGCUUAGCGGACUGGGGCUGCUAGUGGGGGAAUGGUCUUAGUAGGUUGUGGCUAGUAGUUUGGUAAUGGGUUGAGCGGGUUGCGGCUGGUAGUUUGGGGGUGGGUUCAGUGGGUUUCGGCGGAUAGUGGGGGCAUGGUUUUAGUGGGUUGUGGCUGGUAGUUUGGGAAUUGGCUUAAUGGGUUGUGGUUGGUAGUUUCGGGAUGGGUUUAGUGGGUCGGAGCUGGUAAUGGGAGUGUUGCUUUAAUGGGUUUGGGCUGGUAGUAGAGGAAUGGUCUUAGCGGGUUGCGGCUGGUAAUUUGGGGAUGGUUUUAGUGGGUUGCGGCUGGUAGUUUCGGGGUGGGUUUAGUGGGUUGCGGCUGGUAGUUUCGGGAUGGGUUUAGUGGGCUGGGGCUGGUAAUGGGAGCAUGACUUUAAUAGAUUUGGGCUGGUAGUUUGGCGAUGGUUUUAGUGGGUUGCGGCUGGUAGUUUCGGGAUGGGUUUAGUCGGUCGGGGCUGGUAAUUGGAGCAUGGCUUUAAUGGGUUCGUUUGGGUUGGUAGUUUAGGUAUCGAAAAAAUGGCCUGCAUCCGCUUUUUAAUUUUCUUUAUGAUAUAUAGGUUCAUUUAAUAUAGAGAGCUGUCACGUGGUUCGCAAAUGAAUGAAUGAAAAUAUAGAUUCAGGCUCAUGAUCUAGAUGUUGAGUCAUGAUAUAGAUUGAGAAUUGAUAAUGUAGAUUGGUGCUAUAAAUAUUUUUUGCAAUGUUUUAGGACUAUCAAUCAUACACACGCACUUCAAUAAAUCAUGAUCUUCAAAAUGCCGCAUACUUUACACCAGAAAACGUCGGUGCAGCGUUCGUUUACA